AUGUCUUUCCUUCAUGGUGUUUUAAGUAACAUUAAGCCUAAAUUAGGCCAGCAUAAAGGCACUUUAACUAGCGCACUUACAUCACUUAAAGACACAAAUAAUAAUGGUAUUACUAAAUACAAGGCGGCGGUAGCCGAGGUGGCCAGUAAGGUGAAGCAGUACAAUGAUUCGGUAAAAGAAUCAAAUGAUCAUGUCAGGAAGAAAAUAGAAUCCUUGGAUUCAGAAAUGAAUAAGAUUAAAGAUCAAGUAAAGGAAACAUACCCCAAAAAAGAAGAAAAGAAUGAGGUGCCCAACGCAGAUAAAAUUGAGCAAUCCAGGAGUAAAGUGGAUGGAAUGGCGUCAAAAUGUCAACAACUUGCUAAGCAAUUUCAUCGUGAAAUGCUUAGUGCGAGUGAUAAAAUUAAGGACUUAAAUCAUGAAACAAAAGAGCAAAUUAAUAAAGCAGGGGACAUUGUACGGACUGAAGGACAGCGUCUUGGCAGAGUGUGGAAGAAUGAAAAAGAAGAGUUGGCGGAGAUGGAACGAAAAGUAAGUGAGAAGCUCGAAGAGCUUCGAACGCAAGUUAAAUCAGAAAUUACGCGUCAGGUGGAAGAGCUUGUACGUCUGUUAAAGGAGCGUGUUAAACAUAUUUUGGAAAAGCUUCGCUACAUUAAUGUGCACCUGGAGAGCUACGUGAAGGAACUGAAAAAAUGGAUUUUUGAGUCGAAUGAAAUUGUAGACGGUGCAGUGAAGGAUACUAACAAAAUUAUUGUCAAGGAUCAUGUCGGUUGGGAUAAAAGGGAUAACAUUAACAGGAUUGCAAAGGAGUUAGAACAGUGGACUGAAUGGUUUGGGAAGUACAAGGAUGAGCUUCAGCGGAUGAGUAAAGAUGUUACUACGAAGGUAACGGAGCUGGGGAAGCAGUUUCAGGAGAGAGGCAGGGACGCGCCGGGAAGUAUUGAUAAGAUUUUUGAAGAGAUUAGGACUACGGUUGCGCAAAUUAAGGGGACGAACGAUGGCGGAGGAAAUGGUCUCCAUGGAAUUGUUGGUGAUCGUGGGACGUAUAAUACUAAAAUCGUUCCAACGCUUUCCGAUCUCAACUCCAAAGCCCUUGAACUCACCAAAGAGUUCAUUGAUGCGCAGGCGGCCGAGUUGGAGAAAAGGAUUGAUUGGCUGUUGGAAGUGAUGCCGGCAGAUGUUAAGAAAAAAAAUGGGCAACAAGGGACGCAUGAAAGUGGUUUGAAUAAUAAUAAGAGAAUGCUCCAGGACAUUACUAGGCGAUACAAAUUGCAGGCCCACAGUGAAGACCAAAUUAAUCAGUACAAAAUGAAUGUUGAGCGUUUACGACCUCAGAUUCUGGAGAACAUAAAGGAUGCCAAUGUCGCUUGGCUGAGCCAUAUUCAUACUGAUUUUUCACAGUUUAGCACCCAGGUCAGCACCCUUCAGGCAUCAUCCAGCGUUGACCAAAUACAACUGUUUCUCUCAACCGCAGGCGAGAAGUUCCAAAAUCUGAAAAGACUUGCCAAGUGCGUUGGUGAUGAACAGUGGACGAAGGUUAGAGGUGAGUGGCUGCGGUGGAAACAGCAAUUAGAUCACUUAAAACAACAAGUGGGACACAUGAGCAGCGGUGUCAGCGUUUGGAUUAGUCGCUACAAAACACAUUUUCAGCAAUGUAUCCAAAGCGCUCAGAGCAUCUGUACUCAACUCCAAUCCCCAAAAGUCCGAUCAGCAUAUGGUUACGGUUCUUACCAACCACUCACCGCCUCAAACCAGAAAUCCCAGCUUGAGGCAUUGCUGGAGAAAUUCGAAUCGGAUGUUAAAGCGCAUCUUAAAACACUGACCGACAAUGUCGGCACGGAUGCCACUAAGCAAGGCAGCGUCCACGCACAACUGCACACCGUUAAGCAGAACGUUGACGGCCUGAGCAGUAGUCUCGAAAAGGCGACUGGACAACAAGCUGGCAGUAGAACCACCGGCUCACCCACCCCCGUUAAUCACGCCAAAAACGUCGACACCGCCAUCGAGCAGGUCCAAGGCCAGGCGAAAGUGCUGACCAAAGAAAUAACGACGGACAAGCUCACCGGCUGGCACACCGCCGUUACAUCCAAUCUCGAAGCACUCCUUAAGGCGAUGACAGAGGUUGGCAAACAAAUCAACGAGAAAUUGAAGGAGCUAAAAACCAAGAUCGGCAAAACUGCUGAGGACCUAAAACCUAAACCAGAUACUCUCCAAGAAAUCCACGAUAACCUCGAAAAGCUUCAAAGCAAGACUCUCAGGGAAGCCAUCGAAUGGACGGAGGCCUUUGACUCUGUCGCAACAUCCAAGUGCAAACAAACCAUCGAACAGCUCCACCAGCACGUCGACUCGCAGGUGGAGGAGAAGAAAAAACAACUCACCACCCAGGCCAAGAAGCAUUACGUCUCCUCCAUCAAGAUCGCGCUGCAGAACUUCGCCGUCAGAGUCCAGGGCCACCUGACCGGACUGACGGGCAUGAUCGAGAAGGAUUUGACCAUUGGUUACAAGGGGUUCAUGAAGGCUCUGCAGGGCAUCAAGUUCACCGUGAGCAAAAGUGAGCCUCUCAAGUUUGAAGCUUCGCAAAGUACUACACUGCUUGAUGCAGUAAAAGCAGCUGUAACUCAGCCGUCUGGGCAAGAUAAGCCAACGAAGGACACUUUCAAAAUUUUGUCACAAGCCUUCCAGACGUACUACAAUAAUGUCCACGACUACGUGAAGGAAGAGGUCAAGAGGCUCAACGAGCAGCAGCAGCAGAGGCUCAGUUACAAGCUGACACAUACUGAAUCCGACUACAACAAAAAGGUCUACGUCUCCAAGCUGGACGGUGUACAUAAUGAACUCACCAAAUUAUUUCACCAGAUUAACGCAGGCAACAGGUACGACCAUUAUGUCCCCCAACACCUAGAUAACCUUACCGCUGCACUCGGCGACCUGAAACCGGAAUGCUUCGCACUCUCAUCAACUCCACUUGUGGACGCUAUCGGUCAUGGUCUACGGGACUUUGCCGGCGAGCUCCACAAGGCGUACAUAAACAAGUACGACGGACACCCUGAUAAAAUAGACUUCACUAAGUUGGUGGAAGCUAAGCCAACUCCCGUCGCUCAAAAACCUGGACAGCAAGCUGCAGCCACAAAACCAGCUGAGCAAAAAGAUGAAUUGACGCCGAACGGUGAAAAGCUGUCGAAGGUGUGUCUCACUGUGUUCGACACGCUGUUCCAUGACCUGGAAGACUUAAGAAAAGCGUGCAAGCGUGACGGUAACUGGAAAGAUAAUAAAGUAUCUCUGUAUGAAGUGUCGAGCAGUCAGAGGAACAAAAGCCCACUUGGCAUCUGGCUCAUGGACAAUGGUUUCGGAGUGUCGAGAGAUGACACCAAUCAGACUGGCGAGUUGGACAGUGGGAAGAAUGGUGCGAAGAUCAUCGCACUAAUGACUAAAAAUGGCGUAAUUCCACAUACUGGUGAAACAUUGUACGUCGGAGAAAAGAAUACCGACGGCGCACUAUAUUUUAUCCACGGAUAUCUCCACAAGUACUAUGAAGUCCGUCACCUCCGUGUCAUCGACAAGGCCGCCGCGCCGUCCAACGUCUACCAGAUGCUCCAGUGGAUGUGCGGUUUGUACUUCAAUUCCGCAUAUCAUAAACUUGUCGCAAAGUUCCCGUCGUUGUUCGGCGAAAAGAAAGAUAGGUUGGAUGUUUACGUGCCGGACGGUAUGCAAGGCAUAAAUGAGUUUCGCCUCAGACCAAACAACUUGACCAAGGCACUUCGCGAAGUUAGUUCCAAAGCUGAAACAGUAUUAGUUGGCAUCCUUGGUCACGGCCACGCCGCUGGCCGAUACGCUUGUGACUUUUACACAAACUCAGAUAAUUUGUUGUACCCUAGUGACUUUAACACAUUAGUGUGUCUGUUAUUCGAUGUUGCCAAACGCCUGUACCGGCAGCUCUGUUUCCUACGUGAACAGUGUUCGUGUGAGAGCGCAUUGAGCGGUUGGAAGGAAUGCUGGUAUGGUAACCAAGUCGGCGGUUCCAGCUGGCUGUGUAACUCUAUGCAGUGCCCUGGUCAAGCGGGUGACCAAAAGGCCAACCAAAUUGGUUACCAAAAGCACAACCAAAAGUGUAACCAAAGCUGUGACCAAGACCCUAACUGCGGUCUUAAGUCUCCAUUGCAGUCGUUUCUGGAGGACGGCUUGCAAGGGUUCUUGCCGCAUGGUCUAUCAUCCAGCGGAGCAAAAAUGACAUGCUCCACGUGCACUAAGGCGCCGCCUGGGCAGCCAUGUAAGACGCCGAUGGGAUUCCCCGAAAUCGGUAUUAUCGCAUCACAUAGGAAAACCGGUGAGCAUUUGAGCAGUGUCCUUGAUGAAUUUUGUGGCAGCGUCGACACGCCCCUCACUAAGCUCUGCUGUAUGCUUAAUUGCCUCGUUAGCCGUCCUCCGCAAACUCUAGAUGAUAUGUUUGCUUUCUAUUUCAACUUCCUUAAUGGGUGGGACGACAACGACAAAGAACGUAAGGCACAGAGGGAGACGCCGUUCAAUGGGAAGGUUAGUGCCGCAUCCUUUGGCUAUGUUCCGGAUCUCGAUGACUGUGGUGAGUUGUUUAAAAAUAAGAAGAGUACAUCACAACACAACGGAUACAGUCUGCAUAGUUUAUAUCGCCCUGACAUUAAAUGUUACGACGCGAAUAACCAUUGCGGAGCAUACAUGGAUUCACUGAGUAAUUCCAUAUACAGUAUGUUCGCUUCCAAAAAUGCCUCCAAUCACCUGACGUGGAUUGUCUAUCUCACGGAGACAUUCCAUCAGUUAUUGUGUAAGUUAAAAGAAAAUUGCCAUGAUAGCUGCGGGUCGCCGAAAUCCAAGUGUCGUGUGAGGGGAUGUGCGAAAGGUGUUUGCAGUGUUUCAAAUAAUUCUUAUUUCGAGAAAAUAAGCUAUCAGCAUGGCGACAACUGUAAUUCUAUUCUAAGCUGCCGUAAGAGCCAUCCGACACUGUAUACAUAUGGUUUCACAUUUGGUGAACGCAGUUAUCUUGAUGGCACAAUGGAUACAGAGAAUAUUCCCAAAAGGACGUGUAAGACAUUUGUAAAACAGUUGCAGACUUGUCCCAUUUCACCUCCUCUAACCGCCUUUCAACCUUUUCUCUCACUUUCUUCUCUCACCUUUCUUGCCCUCCCUUCCUGGCCUCCUUCUGACUCCUCUGGUCAGCCUCUUAACUACUGUGAUCACUUGACUAGGCAAAUUAAGAAGCUUAAAAAUUCUGACAACUUUGAUGAAAAUAAGCUUAGUAAACUUCAAUAUGACUUAAGCAGCCACAAAAGUGAAGUGCACAACAAUACGUCCAAAAGGGACAGUGCGUUGAAGGACGUCCACUCCAGGUUGCUGUCUCUUGCUGACCUUAGUGGAAAACUUGGCCAAUUUAUUGGCAAUUCUGACGUCAUUACUACAGCAAUUAAAGAUGCUAUUAACAGCAUUAUUAACAGUGAUAAUGAGUUCAAAAGCCUUAGAAAGUCUUCGUCUUCGACUGUGCAGUCUGCCCCUGCCGUGUCUGCUGGGCUUAUAAAUGAUGCUGAGCUUGAGCAGAAAAUUAAGAGUUAUGAAGCUCUUAAAAAGCCUCUUGAAGAACGUCAAAAUGACAAAAUUUCUCCCCUCUCCUCCGAAGAUUCCCGCCUUUUAUCCUCUCAUCAGUCCAAGUUGGAUGCUCUUCAGAGGCUGAGUAAGCUUAAUGAGUCAUUUAAAUCUCUUGGUAAUAUUCGUGAUGAUAAUUGUGCAGAAAUUCUUAAAAACCUCUGCACAGGCCUCGAAAAUUUUCUCGGCUACAAGGAGGGGAAUUACACCGGGGAGGGAAUUGUGUACUCGGACCUUGACAGGCUCUGUGACGGGGUGAUGUCUUUCCUUCAUGGUGUUUUAAAUGAAGUUCAUAAAAAUGAUAAUCUUUCUCCUUAUAAACAUACAUUAACUGACGCUGUAACUAACUUGUCUCAGAAUCUUAAUAACGGCAAAACAGGUUUGCGUGCUGUGAUUGACAGUGUCAAGGAGGGGAUUGAGAGGUGGUUGGGGGAUGUGAAUGAGAAGAGUGAGGCGGUGAAAAAGCCGUUAAAUGAUCUUAAUGAACACGUUAAAGAACUAAAUGAUGUAAUUGAUAUUAUGAAGAAUGGAAGAGAAUAUGAUGAUUCCGCAAAAAUGUUUCUCAUGUCCUGGAUGGGAUCCGUCAAAGAGCUUCCAUCCUUUCCCAAUGAGUCUUCGAAUAAUAUAGAAAUACUCGACCAAAAUCUUAGAACGCAAUUACUUCCCCACGUCACCCUAAUUAAAGACAGAGUGGACACUUUUGUGGACUCCACUAAGCAGGAUCACGAGGGGCUUGUUAAGGUGUGUGGGAAGGUGGAUGAGGAGUUUGGGAAGUUGGAUAAAGUUGUGGAGGAUGGAGUAGGAGAGGAAGAGGGGUUGAAGAAGAAGUUGAAGGAGGGGAUUAAAGAGAUCCUCGAGAAGAUUGAGAAAGAGCGUAGAGGUUUAUUGAAGGCUUCUAUAGAGAGAGCACAGUGGCAGCUUGAACAGGCAUUAAAGGAAGAGAAGAGCAUUGGCGGUUUGGAGCCUAAAUUCAAGGAUUCAAUUACAACUGCAUUUGAUAAAAUAAAGGAAGAGAUAGAUAAAGCUCAUAGGACAUUGACCGCCAAAAAAGAAGAGCUUGAUGAGUUGGUUAGACAGGCACAAGAGGCUUUUAUUCAAAUACAAUAUCUAGGUGGCCAUAAUGGUGGCAAAGGUGUACUAGAAUAUAAUUGGGAGGAGCUAACCGGAAACAUUGGUGAACUGCUGGGCAAGAUUAAUGGUACAGCUCAAAUAUCCGGGCUGAAACAAAUUGUUGAGGGAUUUAAGGUGCACGCUGGAAAAUUCAAGAAUUAUGAAAAUAUAGUGAAUGAGUGGUUAAAAGACAUUUUUACGAAGGAACCUAUAAAAGGUUGGUUUGGUUGGUGGGUUGGCUAUAACCACAGGAAGAAGCAUUUUAAUACUCCCAAAUAUCAGAGUCAAGCCAAAAAUGGAAUCAUUAAGGAGCUUACCCUAAGGAUCGAAACGGAAGUUAAGAAACAACUUAAGUACAACAUUGAUAUUGCUCAGGGUAGGAUUGAUGCACUAGAUGAAAAGAUUGGCGUGAAUAUAACCGCUGUGCAAAAUGUUUGCAAAACGUUUGCCGACGAGCUUGAUAAUAAAAUGAGAGAGGGAGGGAUUGGUACGCUUGUGGACAACAUAAUUUCGGCCGUUAAGCAGGAGUUCAUCAAUUCCUCCUCUGAUGUUGACUAUCACGUUCUUACACUCUCCCUCCAUGCUGCCUUAGUUGCGUUGUCCUCCACGGCCAGACAAGUUGGUGAAGAACUAAAUUCCUUUUCCGUCACCUCCAAUAUCGCCGCAGUGAACACCGCUAUAAGCAAUGUCGAUAAAAUCCGUAAUCAAUUCAGCGAAGCCAGUACCCCCGGUGGAAAAAUUACUGCAGCAUUAGAUGGCGUAAAAAGAAAUAUUAGUGCCCUGGAAAAAAUAUUGAAUCACACGGGAGGAACGCUUCCCACCGCAAUCGAGAAACUUACUGAAGAUAUCAAGAAACUUGAAACACUAAAAAAUGGAGCAAGUGAUAAAGGCACCAUUGAAACCCAAAAGGAAAACGUCACCAAGGAAUUGGCCCAGUUAAAACAAAAAAUCGAAGAAGACAUCCAAUCGGUAAUCGCCACCCUGAACACAGCCCAAUCCCAAUUGAAGACACUACUCGACCAACUCAGAGAUGCACUCACCGAAUUCCAAAAAUCAUUCCUAGAGGAAAUAAAGAAAUUCCACGACCAGUACAAACUAAAAUCGGAGAGCGCAAAAAAAGAAAUCAAACGCCAAGCCCUCUCCCAGUUCGCCCAGGCCAAGGCCCACGCGCUCGAGAAGCUGAAGGGGUUAGUUGAGAGGGAGAAAGCAUUGAUUGAUGACAUUAUCCGAAAGGAUUUAGACAGCGGGCUGAAGGGGAUGAUGAAGUGGAUGAACGGCGGGAAGUAUCCUGCCGUUCCAAGUUCAUCAGAUAAUAAGUUCCAGGCAUUUGUUACUGUUGCAAGUGCGAUAGAUCAGCAAUAUUCUGCAGCUGAGCAGUAUCGUAAUAAAUUCUCACAGCUGUCCGAGAAAUUCCAUGAGUAUGUGAAACCUAUUUUAACUCAUGUUGAAGGUGAAGUGGACAUGACACAAGAGGAGAAGGACAAGGCCGCGAAGCAGGCCGGCGGCAAGGCCCCGGAGCCUACUCCACAAUCAAAAGACGUUAAAAAGAUUACAACAGAAUUCACCACUCUACUUACUCACUUUAACGACACUAAUACUAGUCUACAAACUAGAAAAUACCUUUUCGAUAAAUCCUUUAAAGAUAAGCUCUCCACCCUCAUUUCCUCCCUCACCUCUCUAGCCCCUUCCCAAUUCGCAAACCUGCGGCACCCGGAACUGCUGGACGCCGUAGGAAAAGGGCUGCAGAGAUUUACCGACGAGCUCAAGAAGGCGUACGUGAAUACGUAUGAUGGAGGGGAGGAAAUCACUUGGCGGAAACAAGGCACUACAGCAACCGUGUACACUACUCAUGUCAGCUAUAAUACUGAGUUGACUGAGGAAAGCCAAAAGGGCGCUAGAGUAUUCCUCACCAUCCUUAAAAUGCUGUGUCGCGAUUUACAUAAAUUGGAAGAUGACUGCGGUGGGAAGUGGAAAACAAAACAUAUAUGUGAAGAUGAAAAUGACGAAAAAUCGCUGGGUUCAUUCCUCAAGCGUCUCGGAUACCAAGUAGCCAAAAAUCAAGCUUCCAAGGAAGGCGAAUUGAAAUUACCGGUGAAUGAUUAUAAAGGUCUGGACGUUCACAAGAAGCUGAAAGAAGAACUUCAGAAUGCCGCCAAAAAUAUUGCACAUAUUACAGACUGUUUAUCACCUAAAAAAUCAUUUGACGUCUUAGACAUCCUUGUAUGUCUCACAACUCACCUUAAUCAAUAUUUCCGUGUCGGUCAUAUCACAAUUGUAUCCUCACCUAGAAAUCCAUGCUCUGUGUAUGAGAUGCUUGUUUGGUGUUCCGGUCUUGAAUACAACGCUGUCUAUGACAAGCUCACCACGUACUGUAGCGAGUACGACACGAAGAAAGACAGUGAUUUAAAACAGCGUGUCUCAGAUGCCGUGCAUUAUGGUUUGCCUAGUUUAGGUAAUUGGUCACAUAAUCUCCUUACUGCGAUCCUCGGCACAGGGGACGCAUCCACAUACUACGCCAGCGAUUACUAUAACAAUUCUCUACGCCUCGGAUAUCCAACCAGCGGUGCGGAUUGUUUACGUACACUGGUUGACAUAUUCCGCAGAUUAUUCCCCGUUUUCAGGUUUAUGUAUGGUCUAUGUGGUCUCGGUUCCAGGCACCAUGGUUGGGCCGGCUGCCAAUAUGGCAAGAAUAUCCCUACGACCAAGUGGCCAUGUAACGUUCACUCAGCAGACAAAUCAAAGUGCCAACCUAAGUGCGAACCAAAUAGCCAACCAAAUGACCAACCAAACUGCCAACCAACGUCGCCACUUCAGUGCUACUUAACCGAUUCUCUAAUCGGCCACUUGCCUCACGAUGUAACCUCGAUUGGUUGCAAAACAGUCUGUAACACUUGCCCCAAAUCUAUGCCUGGAAUGCCGUGUAUAACUCCAAUGGGCUUUAGAGGUUUCUCUAGUAGUACGCGUAGAGGUAAAGAGCUGUGUAACGUGCUGGGCAAAUUCCUGGGUAAUGACUACCUCACAGCCUUGUUCUACGUUGCGGCCAAACCGCCGAGUAACUUACCCGAACAUUUCGCAUUUGUUAGGUCGUUGGUUAGUGGCAUUAAGUUGCCAUUAGCGCCGAAACGUGAUGAAAAUAAGACACUUGCAAACAUGUUCAAUACAUCUAUGUCCGAACAGUCCAUCGAUUUAUAUAAAAAUACAUCUGACCUUACUGAUGCACUUCAAAAAGCUUAUGGUACCAGUAUGGAUGAUCAUCAAGAUAUGGACCAUUUAACCGGACUUGCUAAAUUGUCAAGCCUUGCAAUGACUACGCCGUGUUCCGGCCAAGACGCAAACUGUGCCCCUUAUGUAUAUACGUUGUGCUCCGAUUCAUACAGCAAUCUUGCAAUAAUGCACUCCAACCUCUACCUCUCCUGGAUUAUUUAUCUUCCAUGGACAUUACAUAAAUACCUUGAAUGUCUGCUUGACGCCCUCAAAGCACUAUUGUGCCAGGACUGGGGAUGUAGCAAAUGCCUUAACGGUAAUAAAUGUAGACGAGGACAACAUGGACUUGUCGACGAAAAAACAAAGGCGCCACAUUGCCAAUGUAACAGCAUGGUUCAGUGCAGAGGCGUGAUGCCAACCUUGUAUAUAUAUGGUUUCAUGUUUGGUAAUCCAUCAAUGCUGAACGCUAAUGGCAAACCAAAGAAAUGCUCCGACUUCUGUACGCAGUUACAAAAUGUACUUAAAUCAACAUAUUUUGAUAAGCUGUUUAAAGAGUGCGACAAUUUCCUCCCUCUGGUCGCUGUCGCUCCUGUACCUGCUGCACAUCGCCGUCGUCCGCCUCGACGUGCUGAGGAUACGCUCCCACCUGAGAGCACCCUCAAGCCACCGCAUCGCCGCGCAGUCCCUACUCGCCGCCGCACGCGUCAGGGCACUCGCCAACGUCAAGUACUUCUCGCCAUAAUCGUGCCUUCACGUGUGAUCUGUGUAUCACUCACCCACCAACUCACUCACUCAACCACUCACUCACUCAACCACUCACUCACUCACCCACUCAACCACUCACUCACCCACUCAACACUCAACCACUCAACCACUCAACCACCCACUCAACCACUCAACCACUCACCAACUCACCCACCCACUCAACCACUCAACCACACCACACUCAACCAACCACUCAAUCUCAACCAUCACUCAACCACUCAACCACUCACUCAACCACUCACUCAACCACUUACUCACUUACUCACUUAA